AUGUCAUCAACGCCGCCGCCAAUCACUGAACGCACCCUGGCCAUCUUUGGCGCAACAGGUCGUACCGGAAGCGAAACUUUGGAAGCAAUCCUUGCCAAGCCGGAUCACCCUUUUAGGCUGAGGAUCUUUGUCCGCUCCCGCGAUAAACUUAUUUCCAUGUUCCCUCAGUUCAAGACUGACCGAGACGUGAGGAUUAUCGAAGGACAAGUCACCGACAUUUCCUCCGUAAAACAUUGUCUUUUGGAUGCGGAUACCAUCAUCUGCGCUCUCGGUGACAACGACAACAAACCCACCGUGCAUGUGCUGCGAGACGCUACAGAGUCGAUUGUCACUGCAUUAUAUCAACUUAAGAGCAAUGCAGGUGGGAAGUGGAAACCACCACGAUUUCUCCUGCUGUCGUCGGCAACAUGGAACAAGCGGUUCGAUGCACAAACACCCGUGGCCGUGAGCUGGCUCAUAAAAAAUGCGUUCUACUAUCCCUACGCAGACCUUCUCAGCGCGCACGAGACAUUGCAAUCCGAGCCGGAACUGCUGAAGUUACAGCUCGUACAGCCACCGGCAAUCAUUGAGGAAGAAGCGAGCGGGUAUAUCAUUAGCGCUGAGUCGGUAGGCCUUGCAGUGUCGUAUGCAGAUCUCGGCGCAGCGUUUGCAGAGUUGGCGACGAAAGAGGCGUAUGAAGAGGUUGGGGCGGUCGGUGUUACUUCAAAUAUGGCCAAGAAGGGCUUCUCGAGAUAUGGCUCUGAAAUCUUGUAUAGAGUGGCUCGAGGGCUGAUGGCGAGCUUUAUCCCUGGGUUCUGGAGACUCUUUGGCUGA